AUGACAGCAUUCGAGGAGAAUAAUGAAAAUUUGUUAGCCGACAUAACCUCUGAUGAAGAUGAUGAUAAUACUACAGAAUACACAUCAAGUGAAUAUGUUGAACCUACGUCGUCGGAUGAAGGUGAGGAGGAGGAGGUGGAGGAGGAAGAAAGAGAGGCAAGUGAGUCGGAAGAGGAGGAUGCAGCGCAAGCGGUGAAUGCUGUAGCCGAUGUACAGUUUGUACCGGCUGAAAUGGUGGGGGUGAGCGCUGCCGAUGCACACGGAAAGGAGUUGCGGGCGGAGGAGAGCGAAGCCGUAAGGAGAGAAGCAGCAGCAGCGGUGGCUGCGGCGCCUGCAGCGGUGCGUCUUCAGGUGAAUGAGGCGAUGGAGGAGGAGGAGGAGGAGGAAGAUGAAGCAGUAGAGUGA